AUGGCGGCUCCACUGCUCCACACGCGGUUGCUUGGAGAUGCAGCCGCUGCGGCCUCUGGAGUGAAGACGCUGCGCGCAUCCAGGACCGGGAUUUCAGAUGUGCUUGAAUUAGAGAAUGAUUUCUUCAACUCUCCCCCAAGAAAAACUGUUCGAUUUGGUGGAACAGUCACAGAAGUCUUGCUGAAAUACAAAAAGGGUGAAACAAAUGACUAUGAGUUGUUGAAGAACCAGCUGUCAGAUCCAGACAUAAAGGAUGACCAGAUCAUUAACUGGCUGUUAGAAUUCCGGUCUUCUAUCAUGUACUUGACCAAAGACUUCGAGCAGCUUAUCAAUAUUCUCUUGAGGUUGCAGUGGUUGAAUAGAAGUCAGACAGUGGUGGAGGAAUAUUUGGCUUUUCUUGGUAAUCUUGUAUCAGCACAGACUGUCUUCCUUAGACCAUGUCUCAGCAUGAUUGCUUCUCAUUUUGUGCCUCCCCGAGUGGUCAUUAAGGAAGGUGACAUAGAUGUUUCUGAUUCUGAUGACGAAGAUGAUAAUCUUCCUGCAAAUUUUGACACUUGUCACAGGGCCUUGCAAAUAAUAGCAAGAUAUGUCCCAUCGACACCGUGGUUUCUAAUGCCAAUACUCGUAGGAAAAUUUCCAUUUGUUCAGAAAUCAGAGAGAACAUUGGAAUGUUAUGUUCAUAACUUACUAAGAAUUAGUGUGUAUUUUCCAACCUUGAGGCAUGAAAUUCUGGAGCUUGUCGUUGAAAAACUACUCAAAUUGGAUGUGAAUGCAUCCCGGCAGGAUAUUGAAGAUGCUGAGGAAAUAGCAACUCAAACUGGUAGUGGAACAGAUGCCACAGAAGGACUAUUUAAUAUGGAUGAAGACGAAGUACCUGAAAAUGAAACAAAGGCUGACCCUGAAAGGCCCAAUCAGAUGGCACAUCCCGUCGCCGAACGCCUGGACAUCCUGCUGUCUUUACUUUUGUCCUACAUGAAGGAUGUCUGCUAUGUAGAUGGUAAGAUUGAUAUCAACAAAACAAAGGAUUUAUAUCGAGAGCUCAUAAUUAUUUUUGAUAAACUCCUGUUGCCCACCCAUGCCUCCUGCCACGUUCAGUUUUUCAUGUUUUAUCUCUGUAGCUUUAAAUUGGGAUUUGCAGAAGCAUUUUUGGAACAUCUCUGGAAAAAAUUGCAGGAUCCGAAUAAUCCUGCCAUCAUCAGGCAAGCUGCUGCAAAUUAUAUAGGAAGCUUUUUGGCAAGAGCUAAAUUUAUUCCUCUUAUUACUGUAAAAUCAUGCCUAGAUCUUUUGGUAAAUUGGCUGCACAUAUACCUAAAUGACCAGGAUUCAGGAAAAAAGGCAUUUUGUGAUGUUGCUCUACAUGGACCAUUUUACUCGGCCUGCCAAGCUGUGUUCUACACUUUCGUUUUCAGACACAAGCAGCUUUUAAGUGGAAACCUGAAGGAAGGUUUGAGGUACCUUCAAAGUCUAAAUUUUGAACGUAUAGUGAUGAGUCAACUAAAUCCUCUGAAGAUUUGUCUGCCCUCGGUAGUUAACUUUUUUGCUGCAAUUACAAGUAAAUACCAGUUAGUCUUCUGCUACACCAUCAUUGAGAGGAACAAUCGCCAGAUGCUACCAGUUAUUAGAAGUACAGCUGGAGGGGACUCGGUGCAAACCUGCACAAACCCACUUGACACCUUCUUCCCCUUCGAUCCUUGUGUGCUUAAGAGGUCAAAGAAAUUCAUUGAUCCGAUUUAUCAGAUUUGGGAAGACCUAAGUGCCGACGAGCUUCAGGAGUUUAAGAAACCCAUUAACAAGGAGGCGGUGGAAGAUGAAGAUGAUGACUUUUUGAAAGGAAAGAGCCAGACUCCUCAGAGGUCAGUCUGUUCAACAAGUGGGACCCCAGGGCCUUCUGUAUGUUCAGCAGAGAGAGCUUGCAGUGACCUCCCCAAAGGAUGGCUCCAUCUCCAUUCUGGGUUCUGA